UGUGAAAGGACGAAGCUCAGUAGAUUAAACAAACGGCCUCCUCUCCACGUCUUAUGGGAGUAGUCCUCUAUUUGAUGCCAAGCACUACUUGACACUUUCGAGAGUCCAUCGUAUUAAAAAAACAAGCAGAUGAACUGUUCGGUAAGCGACAGCGGCGUAUAAGAAAUGAAGCCGCUGGGCCUUCGGGACGAUGCGGUUUGCGCGAUACUUUCCUGUUUGGUGUCUUUGAUGGAACACGGGAAAUAAGUCUCUAUCAACCCGUUAGGCGGCUUUCCGGCGAGAUCGAAACAAGGCCGUAGAUCUUUCAUCGGUUGCCCCUCCGUCGGCGAUGAAGGACCGCUCCCGCCUCCCGCGUCGUCGCCAUAUCCGCAAGACCUUGAACAACCUCAAGAUCACCGUCUUAUGCGGAGUGAUCACCGUCCUCGUCCUCCGCGGCACUGUUGACUUUGGCAACCUCCUCGGCGCCGUCGGAGGUGUCUCUGGAGACGUCGAUGAGGACCAUAAGGUCGUCGAGGACAUUGAUCGAGUCCUCCGUGAGAUACGCUCCAACCACGAACCCGAUGAUGAGGACGACUCCAAUGUCGGAGUUGACUUCUCCUUCGCCCCCCUGAACUACACCUCCGCCGCCGAUGCCGUCGCGGUCCUCUCCGCCUUCGCGUCCAAGUUCACCCUAGGACCCAAGAUCUCGGACUGGGACGACCAGCGGCGGAGGUGGCUGGACCAGAACCCGGGGUUCCCGAGCUGGCGCCCCGACAGGAAGCCGCGGAUCCUCCUCGUCACUGGAUCGACGCCCAAUCCCUGCGAAAACCCCAUGUGCGACCACUACCUUCUGAAAGGGACCAAGAACAAGAUCGACUAUUGCCGCCUCCACGGGAUCGAGAUCGUUUACAACACGGCGCACCUCGACCGCGAGUUCGCCGGGGAUUGGGCCAAGCUCCCAUUGAUUCGGCGGUUGAUGCUGUCCCACCCGGAGGUGGAAUGGUUCUGGUGGAUGGACAGCGACGCCCUCUUCACCGACAUGGCCUUCGAAAUCCCUCUCCGCCGCUACGCCGCCCACAAUCUCGUCGUCCCCGGCCAACCCGACCUAAUUUUCAAGGAGCGUUCCUGGAUCGGACUCAGCACCGGCAGCUUCUUGCUGCGCAAUUGCCAGUGGAGUCUGGAACUGCUGGAUGCGUGGGCCCCCAUGGGGCCAAAAGGCCGCAUUCGCGACGAGGCCGGAAAGAUGCUGACGGCGAAUCUAAAGGACCGGCCAGCGUUCGAGGCCGACGACCAGUCAGCUCUCAUAUACCUGUUGCUCCGGCAACAGGAAAGAUGGGGCGGGAAGGUGUACAUCGAGAACUCCUACCAAUUGCAUGGAUACUGGGUCGGUUUGGUGGACAGGUACGAAGAGAUGAUGGAGAAGCAUCACACCGGCUCGGGGAAUGGAAGAUGGCCGUUCGUGACGCAUUUUGUGGGCUGCAAGCCUUGCGGAAGCCAGGGAGACUACCCGGUGGAGAGGUGUUUCAACAGCAUGGAGAGAGCUUUCAAUUUUGCAGAUAACCAGGUGCUGCGGAUGUAUGGGUUUUCGCACGAGAACCUGACCACCGCCAUGAUUAGCAGGACGGAGGAGCAAACCUCGACGCCAUUGGAAUUUCUCGAGCGGUUUAAUCUUGUAGCCGGGACGGGAAGCAGAGGCUGAGGGAGCAACACAAAGCUCUCCUUUUUUUUCCUUUUCAUUUGAUCGUGUUUAAUCUGUUCUAGCGCAAAUUUGGGCUACUCUUUCACUUUUGAUCAUCAAAACGACAUGUAUUUUUUUUUCUGUUUUCUAAAAACUUGUAUCCUCUUACUUCUGAAAUUAAUUCCUUAUCCAAAUGGCAAC